AUGUGGUCUUUUGGUUGUGUUAUUGCAGAAUUACUUCUUGGUAUUCCAAUUUUUCCAGGUGAAAAUGAAUAUAACCAAUUAGUUAAAAUCAUUGAAAUGGUUGGAAUGCCAUCAACACAAAUACUUGAUAAAGGAAGUAAAACUACAAAAUUCUUUAAGAAAAUACCUAAUAAUUUUGGUGCUUGGGAAUAUGUCUUAUUAACACCACAAGAAUAUUCCCAAGUAAAUGGAGUUCCAUUCAUUGAAAAUAAGAGAUAUCAUCGUUAUCGUUCAUUACAAGAAUUUUGUAGUGGAAUAACAAUGCAUAGAAAUGGUGAGAAAAAAAGUAAUGACGAUAUUUAUCGAGUUCGUUUAUGUGACUUUCUUCAAAAAAUCUUUGUUAUAGACCCAGCACAAAGAAUGACUCCAGAACAAGCAGCACAACAUCCUCUAAUGCUUUCUAAAAUGCAACAACGAGGAUUUGAUUGGAAUGGUAAUAUAUGGGGAAGAAAGAUUGAAAUAUCAAUGUCUAUGGACAAUGUCAUUGAAACUAUAUUUAAUCGUCCAAUGUCUCAACAAUAUCUUCAAUCCCAAAAUUUUAAUGUUGAUCGAUAUUAUCAAACCUUUAUUAAAGCAUUAAAUAAUGGAAUUGUAUUAAAUGUCCUUCAUAUUAAUCCAUUUCAUUUUAAACCAUUAAAGUGUGGAUUACCAACAAAAAAUAUAAAUAAUAGUGAAGAUGAAUCAGAAAAUGAUUUGCCAUCUAUUGUUAAUAUGAGAGAAGUACCUCCAAGAAGUAGAAGCAGAAGUAUGGGUUGUUUUGAAGUAGAAGAAAAUAAAAUAACUCCUCAAGAAGAUGAAGAACUACCACCAAUUGACUGUGCUCCUCAAAUUCAAUCAUCAAGAAAAAUGGUAAUGACCCCAAUCAAAAAUAUAGCAAAUGCACCAUUACGACCUCCAAAAUCAAAUCCAAGACAUGGAUCUUUUUCUAUGUCUCCAAAAGGAACUCCAAGACAACCAGCAAAUAUAACUGUUGUGUUAUAG